AAGGAUAUCAUUUGCCUUAGCACCCAAGACAUCAUCAAUGAUCGUUGUCUCCAAACUCAACUCAAAAAUGUACAUUCAAACCAUGAUAGAUCUCUUACUAGAUGAACUCUACCAAAACAUGGCUGGGUUAGGUUAGAUGUUGAUAAUUUAGUCCAAUAAAACUACAACAUGUGGUGGCCUUAUUUGUGAUGACCAAGGAGAGUCGCUACAAAAAAAUGGGUCGGAUCUUUCUCUCUAUUUGCACCAUCUUCCUCCUUGCAAGUCUCUCUGUUGCAUUUGGUAUAAAUGGAGGAAUAGAAAGAACAGCAACGUGCAAUGUGACAAUAGGUCCUUGUAAGGAUGAAUGUUCAGAUCAGAAAUGUUGUGAGUUAAGGUGUAAUCAGAGAUUUCCAGAUCGACGAGCUCGUGGAUAUUGCCAAGUCACGAAGCCCCCAAAAAAAUUUCCUGAUUGUAUUUGCAUUUACGAUUGCUAAAAUCUUAAUUACCCAAAUUAUAUAUUCUAGCAAUUGACGGAGAUAUAUGCAAAAUAAAUUAAAUAAGGAGCUUAUAGUUAUUAAUUAUUAAUUUUGUCCACUA